AUGGUCGCCGCCGUACUGCCAAAGUUUCCUUUCUCCCGACCACAGGCUUGGGAUCCGCCAACUGAGUAUGCGCAGUUAAGAAAGACAGAACCAGUUUCAAGAGUCGAACUUUGGGACAGAAGCCAUCCGUGGCUCGUAGUGAAGCACAAGGAUGUCACCAGUGUCUUGACCGACGAGCGCUUGUCGAAGGAACGUACGCGUCCCGGCUUCCCGGAGAUGAGCGCCGGGGGCAAAGAAGCAGCGAAGAACAAGCCAACCUUCGUAGACAUGGAUCCACCGCAGCAUAUGCGACAGCGCAGCAUGGUGGAGCCGUUAUUCGUUUGGGACGCUGUGGAGAAGCUGCGCCCGCACAUACAAAAGACGGUGGAUGAUUUGUUGGAUAGGAUGAUCAAAGCCGGUUGCAAGGAGCCGGUUGAUUUGGUGGAGAAUUUCUCACUGCCCGUGCCAUCUUAUAUUAUCUAUGGCAUUCUCGGGGUGCCACUCGAAGAUCUCGAAUUUUUGACGGCUCAAGCUGCGGUCCGUAGUAAUGGCAGUGCGACUGCAACCGAAGCUUCAAAGGCAAACCAAACCCUACUUGACUACAUCGGCAAACUGGUUGAUCAACGCUCUAAGGAACCUACGGACGACCUGAUCAGCAAACUUGCCACUGAGCAAGUCAAGCCCGCUCACAUCAAGCACUCAGAUGCAGUGGCUAUCGCAUUUUUGAUGCUGGUUGCCGGUAACGCUACCAUGGUCAACAUGAUCAACCUAGGUGUCACAACCCUUCUCCAGUACCCAUCCCAGCUCAAAAAACUCAAGGCAGACCCCUCUCUCGCAUCGGCCUUCGUAUCCGAGCUCUGCAGGUACCACACUGGUUCCUCUUAUGCAACCCGCCGUGUCGCAAAAGUCGAUAUCGAGCUCGCUGGCCGCAAGAUCAAGGCAGGUGAAGGCAUUAUUGCGGCAACGCAGUCCGCAAGUCGGGAUGAAGACGUGUUCUCGGACCCGGACACAUUUGACAUACUGCGCUUCGUAGGCAGAGAAAAAGGCGGACGUGGCGAGGACUGGUAUCAAGCGAUGGGAUACGGUUGGGGUGAGCAUCGGUGUGUUGCUGAGCCGCUUGCGAGAGGAGAGUUAGAAAUUGUGUUUGGUAAGCUGCCAUUCCAUGUCUACGAUGCAUUUAAAAUAGUAUGCUGA